AUAGGUGGACAAAUCGAUAUAAUAUGUCAAGAAUUCAGAAGUAUCUCUGAAAGUACUAUUCUUCAUAAAUCUUCUAUAAAUUCAUUUGAAAUGCUGAUCGAGAGACACAACAAAGUUAUUUCAUUCUCCAAGAAAAUAGAAGACCUCUUCUCCUUUAUUACGUUAAUGCAAGUGUUUUGGAAUACAUUAGUUCUUUGCAGCAUAGGAUUUGUUUUCAUAAUUUUUAUUCAUAAUGAAACCGGUACUUUCGCAUUAGUAAAAACUGUUUUUGCUUACUUUGGUAUAUUGAUUGAAGCUUUUGUCUUUUGUUUUGCCGGAGAAUAUCUUAGUCAUAAGGGUAAAUUAAUUGCCAAUGCAACAUACGAAAUGCUGUGGUAUAAUUUGUCGUCAAAUCAGAGUAAGAUGAUAAUAAUCAUAAUAUUAAGAUCUCAAAAGCGAUUGGCGAUUACGGCAGGAAAAAUGAUGGAUAUGUCAUUUGAAACUUUUACAAGUAUUAUGAAGGCAUCAGCAUCAUAUCUAUCCGUCUUGAAUGCUAUGUACUGA